AACAAAAGUAAUUAUUGCAUCACACCUAAUUAUUAUACAUCAUCAAAAUAUUAAGAAUGAAUAGUACAAGUAGAUAUAAAUAAUAAAUCAUCUCAAUACCAACUCAAAUUAAUGCACAAAAUCAUGUGCACAUUAGUCAACAUUCUUUGUCAUAUGCCUUCAUAAAUCAUUUGUAAUACACAAAAUUCAAUUGAAAAAAAAUGUCUUCUCUCUUUAUUUUGCUGUUUGUACUCUUUUUUUUCUCUAUAUUAUCUAAUUUUCAUUUAGCAAAAAGCCAGAGGAGUUCAGUUAUUGGUGACACAAUUGAUACAAACAAAUAUGUUUCAAUUGCUUCAACAAUAGUUUCAUCAAAUGGUAACUUUGAAAUGGGAUUCUUCACAGCAGGUAAUAAUUCUAAUUAUUACAUAGGCAUAUGGUACAAGAAGUUAAGUAAACAAACUGUUAUUUGGGUGGCAAAUAGAGAAACACCAAUUUCCAUAUAUGAAAUGGAUUUUGCACAAUUCAAGAUUUCAGAUGGAAAUUUAGUACUGUUAAAUGGUACUAGACAGAUAAUUUGGUCCACCAAUAUCACAUUUGCAUCGAAUUUGAACAAGUCACAAGUUGUCGCAACACUGUUGGACGAUGGUAACUUGGUGGUGAGGGAUGGAGAUAGUAAUGUCUCGGCGAAUCAUCUAUGGAGAAGUUUUGAUCACCCGUCUCAUACUUUCAUGCCUGGUUCGAAAUUCGGGUACAACAAACGUACUGGAAUGAAACAGGUGCUUACUUCCUGGAAAAAUGCGAACGAUCCAUCACCCGGGCCAUUCACACAUGAGGUUGACAUGGAGAAGUAUGCUGGACAAGGUGUUAUUAAAUGGAACCAUAGUGUUAUUUACUGGAAUAGUGGACCUUGGACAGGUAACAAUUUUACAGGGGUACCCUAUCAACCAAAUCCUAUGUUUAAUUACACUUAUGUUAACAAUGAUGAUGAGGUUUAUUUUAGGUAUGAUUUCUUUAACCCUUCACUUAUUUCAAAUUUCAUUAUGGAUGUUAAUGGACAAACAAAGCAACUAUUGUGGAUGGAUAGUAUACAAGAUUGGAAUGUUUUUUACACUGAUCCAAAACAAGUAUGUGAUGUAUUUGGUUAUUGUGGUGCUUUUGGUACUUGUAAUGAUCAAGUAAAUGCUAGUUCGACUUGUGGUUGUUUGGUUGGUUUUAAGCCAAAGUUCGAGAAAGAUUGGAAGUUGAAUAGCUUUUCGAGUGGAUGUACGAGGAGAACGAGCUUGAAUUGUGGUGAUGCUGGUGAAAAGGACAAAUUUUGGAUGCACAAGAAUAUGAGAUUACCAGCAAAUGGUGAAAGUGUGAGAGCUGAGAAUGAAGUGAAAUGUGAAAGUUUGUGUUUGGAGAAUUGUGAUUGUGUUGGUUAUGCUUAUGAUAUUGGAAAGUAUGGGUGUUUGAUAUGGAAAGGGGAGAUGUUGAAUUUGGAACAACUUUCUCAAGAUAAUGUUAAUGGAAGUACCAUUUAUGUUAGGCUUGCAGCUUCUGAGUUUUCAACUAAUCAAGAUGCAAAUCAAAAUCAAACUUCAAAUAAGCUGAAAGUUGCAAUUCCAAUUGGUGUAAUUGCUGCACUUCUCUUUCUUUCAUGCUUUGCCUUCAUAUACUAUAGAAAAAGAAGAAGCUCAAAAGUCAAAGAGAGUGCUACAAAAUCUAUCAGGCAGAAUGCAGAAGGAGAAGGAAUGGAAUUGAUAGAUAUUCAAGAUGAUGAUAAAGGGAAUAUUGAUGUUCCAUUCUUUAGUUUUGAAAGCAUAUUAGUUGCAACAGAUGACUUCUCUGAACAAAAUAAGCUUGGUCAAGGAGGAUUUGGUCCUGUUUAUAAGGGAAUAUUUCCCGGAGGAAGAGAAAUUGCAGUGAAAAGGCUAUCAAGUCUUUCAGGACAAGGCAUAAAUGAAUUCAAGAAUGAAGUAAUGUUGAUUGCAAGGCUUCAACAUAGAAAUCUUGUUAGACUUUUGGGUUAUUGCAUUCAAUCAAAUGAAAAGAUUUUACUCUAUGAGUAUAUGGCAAACAAAAGUCUAGACACCUUCAUAUUCGAUCGAAGGCGGGGUGUGAUAUUGGAUUGGAGGAAGAGAUUUGAAAUUAUAGAGGGAAUUGCUAAAGGACUUCUUUAUCUACAUCAUGACUCGAGAUUAAGAAUCAUUCAUAGAGAUCUGAAAACAAGUAAUAUAUUGUUAGAUGAAGAGUUGAAUCCAAAAAUAUCAGAUUUUGGAUUAGCAAGAGUUGUUGAAGGGAAAAUUACACAAGCAAAUACAAAUAAAGUGGUUGGAACAUAUGGUUAUAUGGCUCCGGAGUAUGCGAUUGAUGGAUUAUUCUCAAUCAAAUCGGAUGUAUUUAGUUUUGGAAUAGUCAUACUCGAGAUCAUCAGUGGAAGAAGGAACACCGGAUUUUUUCAUCAAGAAGAAGAGUCGAACCUCUUAGGCCAUGCAUGGAGAUUAUGGACUGAAGAUAGAGCAAUGGACUUGGUGGAUCAAUCACUACAUGAAUCAUGCAACAAAGAAGAAGCAAUUAAAUGUCUAAAUAUUGGACUUUUGUGUGUACAAGAAGAUCCAAAAGAUAGACCAAAUACAUCAAGCAUAAUAAUGAUGCUUGGCAGUGAAAAUAUUGUUUCACUUCCAAGACCAAAUCAGCCAGCCUUCAUGACAAGAAAAUGUGGUGGUGGUAACACAUCUUCUUCUUCUAAUGUUAAGUCUGAUGGUGUCUCUAAUAAUCAGCUUACUGUCACCAUUGAAAUGGGUCGAUAACGCACUACUAGAAAUCAGUCAAUUUUCAACGAACGUGUAUGUCGGAAACUUUUUGCAGAUUUUUGGUAGAACGUCUGUCGAAAAUUGACUGAUUUAUGAUAGUGACAGGAGUGAGAUGCCAUCAACUUUGACAUAACAAGUCCCUUUAUUAUGUAUAUUUCUUUACUUAUUUAUUGUAUAUAUUCCACUAAAGCAUGUAUACUUUAGGAAUAUCUUUAGUAAUUUAAAAAUAUGUAAUUUUUGCUUAGGUUGGAGAGAUAAUGUAGUUCUUUUUUAUUAUUAUUAUUUUUGGUUAACUAGAUUC